AUGGGCAUCGGAGCUGUGCUUGAGCCAUUGACAGUGGUCGUGCUUCUCUUUGGAGGAACAUGGAUCAAUCGCCAGAAAGACAGCAAACCUCGCUCGCACGGCACGCUGUCACGAUCAUCCAGCAGCAGCAACAACGACGAGGAAGCCGGAUUCCAGCCUGUCGCAAAACAGGACACAUACGGCUAUCCAGAAUCAAGACCGUUAUCGCCAUCCCUGCUUCACCAGCAUGAACCGCAAUGGAGAAGACGGUCUGUCGGCCUUGGCCCGUAUAGAUUCGACGUAUACUCGCCCAACACAGCGCAGUUUCGCAACCGUUUCUUGAGCCGACUGCUGUAUCGGCUUCCGUUCCUGGUGGAGUGCUGGUACUGGGCGUUGGUGUAUUGGAUAUACCAGCUCGGCCGUGCCUUCACCGCCGUAACGCUCAAAGACGACACCGUCGACGUCGCGCGCAAACACGCCAUGCAACUCGUGCAACUCGAAAAGUCGCUCGGCAUCUUUGUCGAAGUCGAUAUCCAGCGGUUCUUCCUGGCACGGCCAACGCUGAUGAACUGGACCAAUUGGAUUUACUCCUUCAUCCAUAUCCCGGGCACCAUUGCGUUUUUGGUCUGGCUGUACUACUACACCACAACUCGGACGUCUUUAGAAGGCAGUUCUGAGAAGAACGGCGGCAGCAAGCCAGCGAAAGCGAUCAAUGGGUCGCCGGCAGGUCCCCUGUUGUACGCUGCUCGUAGACGCACGCUAGCUGUUUGCAAUCUUUUGGCGUUCAUCGUCUUCACGCUCUGGCCCUGCAUGCCUCCUCGUCUGCUGAGCGAUGAGAAAGUAGGCGGUAACAUUGGCAAUGUCGCGCGGAGUUAUGGAUUCGUAGAUACAGUCCAUGGUGAAAAGGGCGCUGGAAGUGUGUGGACUGAGAACCGGUUUUGCAAUCAAUACGCCGCCAUGCCAUCGCUCCAUUUCGGAUACUCUCUCAUGAUCGGCUUGACUAUCAUGACCAUCCCGCUCUCCGCUCAACACGCACAGUCCACGACAACAAGCAGAACCAGAAGCAUCCGUCUGCCUCUGUCUUCCCACCGGAUCAGCCUGCAGUUUGCGCUCCCAUCGUGGCGUCGCGUGCUCUGUGUAGCCCUUGGUGUCGCAUACCCGCUGACCAUCCUCGCCGCCAUCGUCGCCACGGCGAAUCACUUCAUCCUGGACGCUGUGGCCGGUGCGUGCGUGUGCAUGCUCGGAUGGAACGGGAAUGUGAUUCUGCUGAAUCUGCUGCCUGUCGAGGAUUAUUUCCUGGGGGCGCUGCGCCUGUACAAGCCUGAGCGGAUGGUUGUAGACGUUAAUGUUGAGUCGCACGGAUACGAGAAGCGGGUUCACGCGUCUGUGCUUUCUUAG